AUAUAUAUAUAUUCCCCGGAAUACGGAAUUCUCCUUAUUGGCAAGAAAAGAUGACAAGUGUCACUCCCGCGAGAAACGACAAGACGCAACACCAAAACGGCAUGCUUUCCUAUACUGAACCCAAACCAACACACGUAUAAACCAUACAGUGGUCGAGCGGCACCUUCCUUCCUCCCUCCCGCAGACGCCUACCGCAAUAACCACCACCUAAAACGACUCGUCUGGCUCCAAUUCUCUCUUCUUGUGUGACAAGAAGUCGCAUCGAAUCGAAAUAUCCCAACUCCCAUGAUUCAUUCGUACCCCGUUUGAUCCCUUCUUCCUCGAUUCCCAUGGCCUCCCCCGCCCUUGGACUCCUCCUCCUCCUCCUGGCCGCCGCGCUGAUCCCCGCGCCGGCCUCCGCAAUCGGGUUCCAGUUACACCACCGGUUCUCCGACCGCGUGCGGCGGUGGGCGGAGGGGCGUGCCGUGCCCGGCGCGUGGUGGCCGGAGAAGGGCACCGCCGAGUACUACGCGGCCCUCGCCCACCACGACCGCGCCCUUCGCGGCCGCGCCCUCGCCGCCGCCUCCUCCGACCUCUCCUUCGCCGACGGCAACGCGACCGUCCGACUCAGCUCCUUGGGAUUCUUGCAUUACGCGAUCGUUUCUUUGGGGACGCCCAACAUGACGUUUCUGGUGGCGUUGGAUACUGGGAGUGAUCUGUUCUGGGUGCCCUGUGAUUGCAAACAAUGCGCGCCUACCACCUCCCCUGAUUUUGGUCAGAAUGUAUCUUUUAACAUCUACAGUCCUAAUGCAUCAUCAACGAGCAAGAAGGUUUUAUGCAGCAAUGGCUUAUGUGACCUCCAAAACCGGACUUCAUGCACUGCAGAAGCCAGCAAUUGCCCUUAUGUUGUUCAGUAUGUAUCUGCUAAUACCUCAUCUUCUGGAAUUUUGGUUGAGGAUAUUUUGUACUUGAUGACCGAGGAUGCUGCACCUCAAAUCAUUAAAGCACCGAUUGUUUUCGGAUGUGGAGAAAUUCAAACUGGUUCUUUUCUAGAACGUGCAGCUCCAAAUGGUCUGUUUGGGCUAGGAAUGGAGAAGAUAUCUGUCCCUAGCAUCUUAUCCAGUCAAGGGCUUGCUUCAAACUCUUUCUCCAUGUGCUUCGGAGAUGAUGGCACCGGGAGGAUACAUUUCGGAGACAAAGGUAGCUUAGACCAACAAGAAACUCCAUUUGUUAUAGACAAGAGUUUUGCUUCUUAUAUGAUCAACAUAACUGGAGCCACAGUAGGAAAUGAUUCUAUAGCUGCUAUCCUUAGUGCUCUUGUCGACUCGGGUACCUCAUUCACAUAUUUGGCUGAUCCCCUGUAUACCAAGCUAACUCAGAGUUUCAAAGCACAAGUUCAAGAGCAACGGCUCAAUCCUGAUCCAGAUGUCCCUUUCGAAUUUUGUUUUGAUGUCAGUCCUACUCAAACUACAAUCUCACUACCUGAAAUAAAUUUAACAACAAGAGGCGGAAGCAUUUUUCCUGUAAAUGAUCCAAUAUUUUUGUUUAGUUUACAGCAAAAUGAAUACUUCUAUUGUUUGGCCAUUAUGAAGAGCAAUGGACUGAACAUAAUUGGGCAAAAUUUCAUGGCAGGCCUCCGUAUCGUCUUCGACAGAGAAAGGCUGACUUUGGGUUGGAAGAACUUUGAUUGCAGUGACACUACCAAGACAACCAAAGGCGGCAUGAACUCUACUCGGGCGAACGCUACUCAAGUCACCAUGCCGAAGCCUCCUUCCAACAGCUCGACACAAAAGAAACUCACAAGAAGUCUCUUCUCAUUGCUGCUUCUCUCAUCCACAAUUCUUUGAUCGUAAUUCCUUGGGUUGCUCACAGCUUCAUACGAACAUAUACAACAUAGUCUAUACAUUUGCAUUUAUCGUCAGAUUAGGCAUUGCAAAUAAACUCAGUGAGGAAGUUUUACCAUUUCUUGUAAUUAUUUCCUUUUAUAUAUUUUUUUAUUCUCCAUAUGUUUGUAUGAUUAACAUGGAUCUUAAUGAGGCAGUUAUAUUUGAUUGAAAUUUUCA